AUGUCAGGUUCUGAAGCAUACUGGAAACUAUGUGAUGCUCUGAGUAAAACCUCACUUGUAAAAGCCAUCAAACAAGCCUCACCAGUUGCACAGACCAGUUCUUUGGAAGGAUACCACUCAGUAAUUAACCAGUUUGCACCCAAAAUKCUGGCAUUUUCAUAUUUGGGCAUGCUUAGCAGGACUAUUCUAUCUGCUCUUCACUUUAAUYAUAACACCAAUAGRGACAGCAAAGUAGAUGUCAAUGGACAGGCAAAAYUCACAGUCAAGUAUCCUAAAUUCAAAGGUGGAGAUGCAACUGUUCGAGAGCUGAAAGUGACACAAAAUUAUGAUUAUGUUGCUGAAAUAUAUGAAACUUUGAUAAGUACACCAAGAACAGAGCUAAAACAAAUAUCAACAGAAUUAAAAAAUGAUGUCCCAGAAUCUCUGCAAAGUAUGUUAAUCGAAAAACAAGAAAAAGAAGAAGCAAAGCAGAAAUAUUUAUCCAGAAAACAAAAGGAAACUACUAUUUGUCCUCCAACAUGUUCAGAAACUGAACUGCAAUCACUGUUAUCCAAAGCUGGUACUAGUGGCAAACAACGAAAGGCACCUCAGUGUAGGAAGUGUGGCAAGCCACUGAAAGGGCACAAAAAAGGACAGUGCAGCAAUUCUACAUAG